GCUGUUAUUACUCAUUCUAUUAUAUUACAUUAUAGAGCAGUACUUUUGUCCUAACUGACCUCCAAAUCAAAACUCAUUUCACAAAAUUAUGGAUAAUAAUGGAGAUGGAGAGGUUUGCCUCGGCCUCGGCCUCGGUUUGGGCUUACCGGAAAGUUGUUCAAAUAGAGAAGUUUCACAGUUCAAGAAAAAACGUCUUCUUUUACUUGAUCUCUCAAUCCCAAUUCACCCAAAUAAUCAUGAACUCAACUCCCAAAUGAUUAGAGCUGAUGAAGACCACAGCGCUAGCAAAGACGAUGAUCAUGAAAUCAGUUAUGGCAGGAAGAAAUUGAGGCUCAAUAGAGAUCAGACCACCUUGCUUGAAGAAAGUUUCAGACAGCGCACCACCCUCAACACGGGCCAAAAACAAGCACUUGCAGAAAAAUUGAAUCUUAAACCUAGACAAGUGGAAGUUUGGUUUCAAAAUAGAAGAGCAAGGAGUAAAUUAAAGCAAACUGAGGUAGAGUGUGAGAUCUUGAAGAAAAAGUGUGAGAGAUUGAGCGAUGAGAAUCGGAGAUUGAAGAAGGAGGUGUUGGAGCUACGGUCAUCGCUGCCACCAGCGGCUGCGGCAGCGACUAGGUUUUUCCAUCAGAAUGAGAAGGGUAGGGGCGGCGGGGAAGCGGCUGUUUUGGAGGUGGUCCACGAGCCCUAAACCUAAUGAUCAGCGAAAACGGCACUAUAGGUAGGACGAAAUUAAAGAAAAGGAGGGGCAAAAUGAAUGGUAAUUGAUGUUAUACACAUACUCAUAUAUAAUUUUUCUAAUGAUUAAUUAUUAACCGAAAUUUAAAAC